AUGAAUAGUGUAUUUGAAUAUUUCAUUUCAUGUGAAAUAUUCAAAGAACUGUUAGAAUGCGUUCAAUAUUUACAUGAAUCUAAGCCUCCAGUCAUUCAUCGGGAUCUCAAACCCGACAAUAUAUUAAUUGAUCCCAACUUCAGAUCCAAUCGUUUUAUAAAAUUAUGUGACUUUGGUUUAGCCAAAGAGAUUAAAACAAAUGAACAGACCUUUACUAACUCAGUUGUGGGCACUUCUAGAUAUAUGGCACCCGAAGUAUUUAGUGGUAAAUAUAACCAUAAAUCAGAUAUAUAUAGCCUCUAUGUUAUCGGCGAACAGUUAUUUAAUGUGAAUCUUCAGGCCAAACGAAUCGGUAUUCAAGACAUCCUUACAAUGUAUGUAUCGGACACUUCUGGCAAUGAUGAUCGGACCCAAUUGGCAACAAGGGCCUGA